CUUUUGUUUCAGAUUCACAGGUGCGGUGAAUCUAAAUCCUCUGAGUGCAAGGCCAUGGCAGAGAAAGGCUCCAUGGGCAACAGCAUUAACCUCCCCUACAGAGACCUAGCCUCCGAGGUGACCAGGCGCCGAAUCACCAUGACCAUGAGAGAAGAGAGAUUUACCAAGAAAAGUGAUGAAGCCGGGGAGAUACCCUCAGAUAUGGAUUUGGGACAAGCUCAUCCCCCUAGUGCAGCUGGCUCCGAAGUACCCCCAGCCCCACCUCCUUCUCCAACUGAAGACUCCAAAGUUUCCUUCUUAAGCACCUAA